CCUGUUCCUCUGAUCCAAGUCGGUGAAAGUGAGAGAGAGAAAAAGAGAGUGAGAGAUAGAUAGAGAGCGAGAGCGAGGUCAUUUCGGAAACGACGUACCUCUUGUGCUACAAGCGGUUCUGUGUCACUCGAGAGACAGCCGAAAAGCCACGACACUUACGAUGCGGGUCUCUCCCUGUGCGGUCCUCUUCCUCUUCCUCCUGAGCCUCUCGCCGGGCGUCAGGGCACAGGGCGAGGGCGAUGACGCGUUUGACGACGAAGACAGCAACAACCAGGUGCAGCAAUCGCGGGAGUCCGGCCGGAACCAGGAUAGCUCGUGCAGUCGUUGUGUGCGCGACAGUGUGUGUCACAACGGUCGCUGCGUGUGUCGGCCGGGUUACCAAGGCAGCGGCGACUUCUUCUGCAACAACCCCAACACGUUCUACACCUGUGAGAGCAGCUACGACCCCGUGAUGAAGACCCUGGGAGGCCAGCGAUACGUGUAUCAUUUCCUGGGCUCCACGCGUCUGGUUUGGAUCACCACCCAGAAAGCUACCGGCGGGCUGUGUCACUUCCACUUGUGGGGCUGGGCGGUGAGGUACAGAGGGAAGUUUUACUACGGCGGUCUGUCGUUCCGUCUGGACCAAGACCACCCGUCUGGGGACACAUCGGUCAGCAAAGGCCACAUCGACGCCACAGUGGACAGCAACGGUCAGUACAGGUGGACCAUCACCAUCACAGGGGACGAUGGGAGCAAGUCGGACCAAGAGGAUUUCACGGAGGGCAGAUCUUCCAGCAGCGCCGACUGGGGAGGUUGCAACGCGGAGAUCCGACGAAUCGACGGCAACUUCCUCCGGAUCACCCUCUACUGCUGCGGGAUACAGUUCGCCAUCAGGCAGUUCAACCCUUAUCGCCCCCACGCCGUGCCCGGGUUCUGGUUCCGGGUGGCCAGAUAUUCCCAGCCGAGUUACGGCGCCUGGGACAACAUGAGAACCGAACCCCUGUGCCUGGACCACAUCCGGAGAGUGACCGUCAAUGACAUCAUCAGGAACACCAGCAUCACCAUCGGCAGACGCGAGGCCUUGACCUUCCACGCCAUCACCAACACGCCGGUGACCAACUACCCGCGCGCGCCGUCCAACAUCGGAGUCCUCAAGAGCAUGUUCCGAGGGUGUGAGCCCGAGAAGCGGGACCAGCUCUUCGUGUGGGUGCGCCAUUUCUUCAACAAGCCCACCCUCACCUCCUGCCUCAACGGACGGAGCGGCAACUCGGAGGAGCAGACAAUCCUGGCCAUCCUCCACGCCAUCAACUACAUCUGUAGCGACAGCUCCGACAGCUGCCAGCCCGUGGUGAAAAAGCUCAAGGAGGCCCCAUGCCUCAGGGUGGUCAACAAGUUCCCGGAGCUUGUCAGCAUAUCCCGCACCAGCUGUGAGGGCGGCAUGAACGAUAUGUUUGAGAACGGGGAGCAGUAACUGACAAAACUCUUCCACUCGGAACGCACGGGCAAGGAAUCAGUCUGCUUCUCUCUCUCCCCACUACCAGAAAAUAGCAAAGUUCAGGGAAAAUGAACAACGAACCAAUCUCUCUGUCUCUCCCCGCCCCCCUCCCGAGAAAAUAAUCAGGGAAAUGUUUCAAGAGAUUUUGGUUUUAGUUAGAAACCAGUCGGUGCUCAUCAAUGCGACCAAACUAUCUGAAUAAAUAGAGUGAAAAAAAAAGAACCAC